CGCGGGAGCUGUCGGGUCGUGCGGUGCCAUGAUCCGGAACGGGCACGGGGCGGCCGUGGGCGCCGGGCAGGCGGGCCCCGCGGAGAGGCGCGCUGUGCGGGUGUGGUGUGAUGGCUGCUAUGACAUGGUACAUUAUGGUCACUCCAACCAGCUUCGCCAGGCACGGGCCAUGGGCGACUACCUCAUCGUGGGUGUACAUACCGAUGAGGAGAUUGCCAAGCACAAGGGGCCUCCAGUGUUCACACAGGAGGAAAGGUACAAGAUGGUGCAGGCCAUCAAGUGGGUGGAUGAGGUGGUGCCUGCUGCUCCCUACGUCACCACGCUGGAAACACUGGACAAGUACAACUGUGACUUCUGUGUUCAUGGCAAUGACAUCACACUGACAGUAGAUGGCCGGGACACCUAUGAAGAAGUGAAGCAAGCUGGGAGAUACAGAGAGUGCAAGCGCACCCAGGGCGUAUCCACUACCGAUCUCGUGGGUCGCAUGCUGUUGGUGACCAAGGCCCACCACAGCAGCCAGGAGAUGUUCUCCGAGUACCGGGAGUAUGCAGACAGUUUUGGGAAGCCCCCUCACCCGACACCUGCCGGGGACACACUUUCCUCAGAAGUCUCCUCCCAGUGCCCUAGGGGGCAGAGCCCCUGGACAGGGGUGUCCCAGUUUCUACAGACAUCCCAGAAGAUCAUCCAGUUUGCUUCUGGAAAGGAGCCCCAGCCAGGAGAGACUGUCAUCUAUGUUGCCGGUGCCUUUGACCUGUUCCACAUUGGGCAUGUGGACUUCCUGGAGGAGGUGCACAGGCUGGCGGAGAGGCCCUACGUCAUCGCCGGCCUGCACUUCGAUCAGGAAGUGAACCGCUACAAGGGGAAAAACUAUCCCAUCAUGAACCUGCAUGAGCGGACCCUAAGUGUGCUGGCCUGCCGGUAUGUGUCAGAAGUGGUGAUUGGGGCACCAUAUGCAGUCACAGCAGAUCUCCUGAGUCACUUCAAGGUGGACUUGGUGUGUCAUGGGAAAACAGAGAUUGUACCUGACAGGGAUGGCUCUGACCCCUACCAGGAGCCCAAGAGAAGAGGCAUUUUUUGUCAGAUUGACAGCGGCAGUGACCUCACUACUGACCUGAUUGUGCAGAGGAUCAUCAAGAACAGGUUGGAGUAUGAGGCACGAAACCAGAAGAAGGAAGCCAAGGAGCUGGCCUUCCUGGAGGCCACGAAGCAGCACGAGGGGCAGCCUACAGGAGACAGUGACUAGAUUCUGACUGAAGAUGUCAGUAGGGCCUUCGCUGGUGGCCCUGCCCUGCUCUGCUUCUGCAACUUAAGAGUUUGGCUCACAGGAUUCCGUAGGAGGCAAACACGUCACCCACUUUGCUGGCCUGGCACCAAGAGUGCUAUUCCUGCCUGCCUGUCCCGUGUCUUCAUCAGGCUUUCCGCCCUUCCCACUAACCGGCUCAGAGGAGUGCCCACUAAGGCAGGGCAGUCCAGUGGGCAGGAUGAGCAGAGGGCACCUAUGACCUGAAGAGUGCUGCUGUGGGCUGGCCAUCCACAGGGUUCUAACUACCACACACCCCUCUUCCAACACACACCUCUGGUAGGGAUGCCCCUCCUGCCUGCCUGAAGGCUGUAUAAAUUGCCCACCCAAGCUUUGGUGAGAGAUACGGGACAACUUUGGGGAGAUCUGGUCCUGGGUCACCCCAAGUAGGCACCCAGGGGACAUGCUCCAGCACCCAGUGCCUGGCCUCAGGAAGAUAAGCUUACCCCAGCAGCUGGGUCAGCCUGGCUGUCCUCACAGACUUCCUGGUCCUCACUUUGUACUGCAGCGGUUGAUGUGAAUCUCUUUGGUGCAAUUGAAUAAAGCCUGGUGGGAAGUGC